CACGUGACACCAAGGUUAGCCAGUUACCACCACCACCGUUGUGGUCGCCACUGCUGUUGUUCUAGUCACUCUAAUUGUCUAUCAGCCAUAUGCGCACGAAUCGGCACCAUUUGAACCAGCACUAACUCUAGCAAUAGGGAUAUGCCCCCACCGGGCGGCUUUGAGUCCGUCAAGUACAAACGGAACUUGCCUUUUCGUGGACCCGGAGCUCUCGCCAUUCUGGGCGGUGUCACGCUUGUCUCCGCGUAUGGCUUCUAUCGAUUGGGUAAAGGAAAUCUGGAGAAACGGGAGCUAGAGAGAGAAAAGGUCUGGUCACGUAUCCACUUGGUUCCCCUUCUACUGGCCGAGGGUGAUCGCGCCGCGUACGCUCGCCACCAAGCGGAUAUUACUUUAGAAAAGGCUAUCAUGAAAGACGUGGCUGGUUGGGAGGCUGGUAAAAGCGUCUACAACAACUCGAAAUACGAAUCGCCACGGAUUAACAUAUCGUAGUGAUGUAUUUACUUCCGAACACCGAUGCAUUGACGUCUUCCAUUAGAGCCUGAAAUUAAGAAAAGAGACUCAUGGCUGCGUAUCAACGACGUACUGUUGAUCUUGAGUG